AUGGAUAAAUUAUCUUCGAAUUUACCAUCUAAGUCGAUAGACGUGUCUUCUUGGUCAUAUAUUGAAAAUCUCGAACUUGCUGAUCCAAAUUUCAAUUGCGCUGCUCCCAUUGAUGUUCUUCUUGGAGCUGAUAAGCUUUGGAGCAUUCUAAGGAAUGGACAAAUUCGUGGUCCUGAUGGGUGCCCAAUCGCUCAAAGUACUUCGUUCGGUUGGAUCAUAACGGGACAGUUCUUUGAACCAGAAGAAUCGAAUUAUUUCACGUCUUUUCAUUCGUUAGUCGAUAUUGAUUCGUUAUUACACCGAUUCUGGGAACUCGAAGAAGUUCCUCCAGCAAAUAAUACAGCUGUGGUCGACCAGGCGGAAGAACAUUUUCGCCAAACAUUUUCUCGGUCUCCUGACGGGAAGUAUGUCGUUCAACUUCCAUUCAAAACACAAAAUCCAUCGUUCGAAAAAACUCUACCUUUUGCUGUUUCGCGUCUCUAUGCAAUGGAACGUCGUUUCAAUCAAAAUUCCAGUUUGCGAGAAUUAUAUUCUAAGUUCAUGCGAGAAUAUAUUGAUUUAGGCCAUAUGACUCAGAUUCCUCGUGAAGAAAUCGCUAUUCCUAAUGGCAGAUGUUUUUAUCUUCCUCAUCACGCAGUGUUGAAGCCGGACAGCUCGUCCACAAAAUUACGUGUCGUGUUUGAUGGUUCAGCUAAGGACUCAACGGGAAAGUCUUUAAACAGUACUCUAUUGAUAGGCCCUCCUAUUCAACGCAAUUUAAUAGGUGUGUGCUUACGUUUCCGUCAACAUCCGUUCGUGUUUACUGCAGACCGUAUUGUUUGGCGUGAAUCUCCUUCGAAAGAAAUCGAGCAUUAUCGUUUACGUACUGUGACGUACGGUACUGCAUCCGCUCCAUUUUUGUCUGUUCGUAUUCUGAAACAACUUGCUGAAGAUUAUAAAUCAGACUACCCAAACGCAGCCCGAGUUCUCCUAGAAGAUGUCUACGUCGAUGAUGUCAUGACAGGAGCUAAAUCAAAGAAGGAACUUAUGGAACUACAAUCUAAAUUAGUAGCUCUUCUUUCCUUGGCCAAACUUCAGCUGCGAAAAUGGAGUUCUAAUUGUUCUACUCUUCUAGCUUCGCUCCCAAAGGAAGAAUGUGAAUACUCUAUUUUCGAUACGGAACGCUCAAAGUCAUUUGUUAAAGUACUCGGCAUGCAUUGGAACCCUUUAUAUGACGAAUAUUCAUUCCGCAUGUCAAAAAAUCUUCCAACCAUCUUGUUGACUAGGCGCUCGUUACUGUCAGAAAUGUCGCGAAUAUUCGACCCAUUAGGACUACUGGCACCAUCCGUCGUUCUCUUCAAAAUACUAUUUCAGGAACUCUGGUCAUCGAACUUAAAUCUUGGAUGGGACGACCCGUUGCCUUCAGAAUUAGCGGAACGAUGGGCAAAGUAUAGACAAGAGAUUUCGGAUUUUGAGCAGGUUCGUAUCCCCAGAAACUUGUUUGCAUCUUCAUUCGAUGACGUUGAGCUUCAUGGAUUCUGCGAUGCAUCCUCACUCGCUUACGGUGCUGUUUUAUACACUCGUUGUAAGACCACAGAAGGAUACAAAGUCAACAUUAUUGCAGCAAAGACAAAGGUUGCUCCGUUAAAACCGAUUUCGAUUCCUCGCUUGGAGCUUUGUGGGGCUUUGCUGCUAACUCGUUUGUUCAAUCUCAUAAAAUCAUCAUUUUCGUUUAAAUUUUCCAGAACUGUAGCUUGGUGUGAUUCUGAAAUUGUUUUGCAUUGGCUCUCUUCACCUCCUCGUCGCUGGACUACGUUCGUUGCCAACAGAACCUCUGCUAUAUUGGAAACUGCUCCAAGGAGUUGCUGGAACCAUAUUCGAUCCGAGUCAAAUCCAGCUGAUUGCGCAUCGCGCGGUAUUCUUCCGUCAAAUCUUCGAAAUCAUCACCUUUGGUGGACUGGUCCACCAUGGUUAUCCCUUGAGGAAAAUGAAUGGCCAAAACCAAAACUCGUGAACUUUAACCCGGAAGAGAACGGACUCUUACUCGAAAAAAGAUUGUCUCCACCUCAAGUUCUUCUAACGUCAUCCAACAAGUUUGAUGUCAUUGAUCAUAUUAUCAAUAAAACAUCAUCGUGGUUUCGUAUGCAAAGGAUACUCGCUUACGUCAUACGUUUCAUCUAUAACUACCUAUCUGAAAAAUCUAAUAAACCUAAUCGUCGAACCUCAUACUUAACCCUAAAGGAAAUCAUCGUCGCGAAAACAACUAUAAUUAAAUCCAUCCAACAAAAUUCAUUCAGUGAAGAUAUUCGUGCCCUAAUAACCAAAAAACAUCUACCCCAAAAAUCAAAACUUCUAAAAUACUCUCCCUUUUUAGAUAACAAAGGUCUUCUUAGAGUAGGAGGCAGGAUAAAAAAUGCUAACAUAUCUUAUAACAUAAAACAUCCUUAUAUUCUACCUAAUAACAAUUUUUCUGCUCUUCUUAUAGAAGAUAUCCACAAAGGUAACCUUCACCCAGGAGUUUCCGCAACCUUCGCCAUUGUAAAACAACAGUUUUGGAUCUUGGGCUCUCGUAACAUUAUCCGUAAGAUUGUUUUUGGCUGCAAUAGAUGUUACAAACUGCGAAAAGAUACCACUACGCAACUAAUGGGUGACUUACCAUCGCAAAGGAUAUCACAAAGCCGUCCGUUUUCACAUACAGGUUGUGAUUAUGCUGGGCCUUUUAACAUCAAGUUUUCUAGAAAUCGUAAUCCAAAAACAUCAAAGGCCUACAUUUGUUUAUUUGUAUGUAUGGCCACCAAAGCUAUUCACCUCGAGCUAGUGAGUGAUCUCACUUCUGAAGCCUUUCUCGCCGCUUUUCGUCGAUUUGUUUCGAGACGUGGACUCUGUUCGAAUGUCUAUUCGGACAAUGGAACCAACUUCCAAGGUGAACCAUUUACUGCAAUCCCAGAGCCAACUACUUUGGAAACACCAGUCAACCGACUCUCUCAUUGGAAUCACCUCCAAAAUAUGGUCCAAGGGUUUUGGAAACGUUGGCAUAUGGAAUACAUCACCACCCUUCAAGAACGUCCAAAGUGGAAACGAUCCACCCCAAACCUUAAUCCAGGAGACCUGGUUAUUAUAAAGGAGCCAAAUCUUCCACCAACAAAAUGGCUUCUUGGCAAGAUCGAAGCAACAACUCAAGGGUCUGAUGGUCGAGCACGAGUUGCUACUGUAAAGACCGCUGGCGGAACAUUUAUCCGUCCAAUCACCAAACUGGCACGAGUACCCAUGUCCUGAAACUCGUUCCAGGGGGGCCGGAAUGUUCAGGAUUAAUCAAACUACAUUUAAACUCAAAUCAUUAAUUAAUUUCAUUUCUAGUUUUGUAAUAUAUUUGAUUGUAAGAAAACCCUGUUUGGAAGAUUAUUCGCGCGACUCACUGUACUUACUUAAAAACAAACAACUUAUAAUCCGCUUAAUCCUCAUCCAAGGCCAAUAAUUUGCAUAUUGUAAUGCAUUGUAUUUAGAUGAUUUGGUAUAGAAAAAAACCACUAUGUAGGUAUCAUUCGAUGUAAGACAAUUUUAAACUUUCCUUUUUUGUUUGACCAUCGCCGUGAACACAUCUUCCAAGCAAGCCCUAAUUGGUAACAUUUUUUCAUUAUAAUUUAAAACAUAAAUCUUAUAACACUGUUUCAUUUUAUAAUUAAAACUUAAACAUUAUACAACAAUUUUUAUAUAUAACAAUAAAC